AGGUCUGUCAUAAUAAUUUUAGAAAACAUUACGACCUUUUAUUAAUUUGUAAAGUUUCGCAAUAUAAUUAAUAAAAUAUUAAAUCUGCAGCGUUUAAAAUUUAGUAGACAUAAAUAUCUAUUGCUUUUCCUUGAAUAUUCUCAAGUUUAUUUUACGAAUUAGUCUGGGGUUGACAGCUUAACGUUUUCAAGGAGUUUUGUUGGAAUGGCGUCUCGAUAAGUAAAGUUGAAUAAAAGACUGUGUACGUUGUGUAGUGAAAAUAAAUCUGACUUAAAAACGGGACAUUAGUGCUUUGUGAAUAGACAUGGCAAACAAAGCAACUAGUAGUGCUCUAAGGGCUUUAAAUGUUGAAUACAAAAGUUUGUUAGAAGAACCAGUUGAAGGCUUUUGUGUAAAACUUGUUAAUGAAGAUAAUCUUUUCGAAUGGGAAGUUGCUAUUUUUGGUCCCCCUGACACCCUCUACAUGGGUGGCUGUUUCAAGGCUAGAAUGAAAUUCCCCACAGACUAUCCAUAUUCACCACCGUCAAUUAGAUUUUUAACGAAAGUUUGGCAUCCAAAUGUUUAUGAAAAUGGUGAUUUAUGCAUUAGUAUUCUCCAUCCCCCAAUAGAUGAUCCACAAUCGGGCGAACUACCCUGCGAGCGCUGGAAUCCUACACAGAACGUGCGUACGAUUUUAUUAUCAGUAAUUUCUCUCCUAAACGAACCGAAUACCUUCAGUCCUGCCAAUGUAGAUGCGUCCGUAAUGUAUCGCCGUUGGCGUGAUUCAAAAGGAAAGGAUAAAGAAUAUGAAAAUAUUAUUAGAAAACAAGCUAUGGCUGCCCGAGCUGAAGCAGAAAGGGAUGGCUUAAAAGUUCCCUUAACUCUGGAAGAUUAUUGCAUCAAAACACAAGUGAAACCUAAUAGUUCCGAACCCCAAAUAGAAAUGACUGACUUUUACGACGAUGACUACGAUGAGGAGUACGAUGAUCCUUCAGAUGGUUCUGAAUAUCCAGAAGAAGAUGACAACGAUAGCGGAAACGGAGAAUUGUGAUGUCGCUAAAAAUAAAUUUAUUUUUUUCG